AUGCUAACGUUGUUCUUGGUUCUCCCAGGCUGCCUGAGGGAGUGGGAUGGCGUCAGCUGCUGGCCGGCGGUGUCAAUUGGCCAGUCCCAAGCAGUGACCUGUCAAGAGGUCCUUCAAGUAUUCAAGAAAUCUCAAGUGUUGAUACGCAGGAACUGCACCGAGUCUGGCUGGAGCAGCCCCAGCCCCCCGUACUAUGCCUGCGAGCUGGAUGGCAGCAAUAAGGACACAGAAGCCAAGGGGGCCUACUUUGCUACCGUGAAGGUGCUUUAUACCUGUGGCUAUUCCACUUCCCUGGCUGCUCUGCUCCUGGCCAUCGGCAUCUUCUCCUGCUUCAGGAAGCUUCACUGCACCAGGAAUUCCAUCCACAUCCACUUCUUCGCCUCCUUCCUAACGCGGGGAGCUGCCGUGCUCAUCAAAGACUCCGUGCUCUUCGCGGAUGAGUCCAUCGAUCACUGCACCAUGUCCACAGUGAACUGCAAAGCGGCCAUUGCCUUCUUCCAGUACUCAGUGCUGGCCAACUUCUACUGGCUCCUCGUAGAAGGGAUGUACCUGCAAACACUGCUGCUGUUCACCUUCACCUCUGACAAGAGGUAUUUCUGGUGGUACACCCUCAUCGGCUGGGGUGUCCCUAUGCUCAUUGUGAGCUUGUGGAUCUUCGCCCGGCUACAAUACGACAACCAUGGGUGUUGGGAUGACUAUGCCAGUCUGUACUGGUGGGUGAUCAAGGCUCCCAUUCUCUUUGCCAUCUUUAUGAACUUCCUCAUAUUCCUGAAUGUGAUCCGAAUGUUAGUGCAGAAGAUUCGAUCCCCUGACGUCGGCAAAAACUACAAGCAACAGUAUAUGAGACUGGCAAAAUCCACACUGCUUCUCAUCCCCCUCUUUGGGGUUCACUACGUGGUGUUCGCCCUCUUCCCAGAACAUAUUGGCGUUGAAGCAAGACUCUAUUUCGAACUGGUUCUUGGCUCCUAUCAGGGGUUCCUGGUGGCUCUGCUGUACUGCUUCCUGAAUGGGGAGGUGCAGGCUGAGAUCCAGAGGAACUGGGGCAAAUGGCAGUCGUCCAUGGAGAGCAAUGUCUUCAACCUGGUGACCCAAGACUUUACAGCCUGAGAAGGGAAAGAGCUGGUGAUAAACAGCUUCCCAAAGCCUGACCGCUACUCCGUGCCCCGCAGCAGCAGCCCCAGCGGGGAGUAGGGCAGCGCCUUGCAUUCCACUUUGCCACCCAGUUUGUUUCAGCUUCCUUGGCCAAACAUACAGAGAUGGGGACUGAGGGAAAAGACCUUGUAGAUCCACUCUAGCCCCUCCCCAGAGAUUGCUGCAGGGUCGUACUCUGCAUUCUAUUCUCCAGGGCUUUGUCCAGCUUUGUGUUCAAUAUCCCAAGAAACAGACCUUCCUCCCCUUCCCUCGGGGAAAUGCCACACAGGCAAAGAUUUUGCACUUGGGAAAAAUUUCCAGAGUCAGGCUGUAUUCUCCAUUCAUUGCCUUCCUCCUAUUUAUAAGUCAUGCACUGCUCUAAUUCACUCUUCUCCCUCCUUGCCAUGGGCCCCCACCCUGCUCUCAGCUGUUGUGACUCACAUCCCCCACACAUAUCCAACCCGCCAGUCUCCUUAGCAGGUGUGUUACCCUUCUUGUAAAUACUUAGGGUUUUUCUCCAUCUUUCUGGUCCUGAGCUGCACAGGAUUCAGUGUCACCUGGCACAGCCUGCCCAGGGCCAGCUGUCGGCAUCGCCUGAUGUGACCUGCCCGGGCCAUAUAGAGAAAGGCAAUUGUAUUCCUGCACCAUGAUGCGCUACCUGCCCCGAAGGCCUCUCUUUUGCUGCCAUAGUGUGUUUGUUCUUUACACUCACUCCCAAGGCAUUUCAGCCUGGUUACUGGCAGGUUUUUCUCCUCUCCCCCAAGACACUUUUUCUCGGGUGGCUUUGCAUGUUUUCAAGCUGAAUCUUAUUUUCUGUGAUUCCUGUUCCUCUUCUUGGUGCUCACAGCUCCUCCUGGCUUAGUGCCAUCUGUAGAGUUCGUCAGCAUGUGGCUUUCUCCCUCUGCCCAGCCCAGUAAUGAAGAUGUUGGCUGAGGCCAGCCCUUGCACAACACACAUCCCCAGCUGUGUGCCUUGGUGUUUACGGCUGGCUGAUACUUCACCCUUUGGCUUUGGUUCUUUUAGCCCUGUCCCUGCCCACAGGACAGGCUUCCCACACCCGGCAGUUGGAAUCAGAGUGGACAGGGUUCGCUCCUGUGCAAGAAGCCAGCAUUAGGGCGAGGUCCUGCUUCAGUCCCACUUUUUUAGGCUUUUAAUGAUGUCUUGGCUUCAUGCAGGCCCUGUGCAUGGGGUGGAUUUCGCCCUGUAGCAGGAUUUGGUGAGACACUGAACUGGGCUCUCCCCAGAGCUGAGCACCAUAGGCUGGGUGCACACUGGGUGCUGAAUGCCUCUGAAAAUCUGGCCCUGUGUCAAGCCAUCAUCAUCACCAGUCUUCCCACACCAUCAGGGUGUAUGUAGCCUUUAUUUUUAUUUAAAGGUAAUUUUAGUGCUGUUCUAUUACACCAUCGAGGGCUCGGCUCUGGCGGCCACAGUUCAGCAGAGCUCUCUCUGCCCGUUCUAGCUCUAGCGCUCAUAGGAACAUAUGAAGCCGUAAGCACGUAACAGACAAUCACAAGAAGAAGGUUUAUUAUCUUGUAUCCAUUUUAUUAAUGUUACCAAAGCAUGUACAACACCUAGAUCUAUCCAGGCACCAGUUCUAACUGCAGCCAGACUCAUAUCCUCCUAGACAGCAUUAGGAUCUGGUGGGUCUCUCAUGGAUUGAUCACCAGUACAGGGAUGCUUCCUGCUGGAGUUUGCCCAUAGGAAGCUCAAUUUCCCCGCUCCGGGCACCCCCUUUUUAUAAUGUGAUUCUGCCUGUACUUAUAGUCCGUGCAUGUACAUGUGUCACCCCUCUUUUUCAUUAUUGGUCCUCUAAAAACAGAAGGGACCCCGAUUUCUAUAGAAUCAUAGACUAUCAGGGUUGGAAGGGACCUCAGGAGGUCAUCUAGUCCAACCCCCUGCUCAAAGCAGGACCAAUCCCCAACUAAAUCAUCCCAGCCAGGGAUUUGUCAAGCCUGACCUUAAAAACCUCUAAGGAAGGAGAUUCCUCCACCUCCCUAGGGAACCCAUUCCAGUGCUUCACCACCCUCCUAGCGAAAAAGUUUUUCCUAAUAUCCAAAAAAGGUCAUGUCUAGGUCAUGUAGGUUCUCUUUAUUCUCAUUGGCAUUGACGCACAAUCUGUAUCAGAUGCAUGUGGGAGACAGAUGUGCCUCUACCACAUUUUUAUGAUUUAAAAUUAAUCUUCCAGCUAAUUUUUCACAAUGUUACCCCUUAGUGCCUCUUUUCCCAUCACCUCAGCGCAUCGGGUUAUUCUUCAGUCACUUACUUCUGUCAGCAUUUCUUAGCUCCAGGGCCUAAAAUAGCUAAGCUAAAAUCUUGCAGGUCUCAGCCUACAAGUCUUGCAUUUCAGCCUUUCUUACUUAGCUAUCUAAUCCCUGAUUCCCUCUAACUACUGUUCAGGUUUAUACUUCUAUCAUCCUACAACUUAACUCGAUUUACCAUACAAUGCUUAUAUAUAACAUGACAUGGUGAUUAAUCAUAACAUCACCCAAUAACUGGAUAAUAAACUAAAAUCAUUGGCUACAAGGGGCACCAGGCAGGAGUUAAACUGCGCCAGUUGUUCCUAUUUUGGGCUUGUUUUAUAUGCUGAUGUAAUAA